GGACGAAAUCGAGGUCAUGCGGAAAUAGCUGCUAACAACAAAGUCUCUUGGAUAUGUUGAAUCACGAAGGAGUGAUAAUGAUUUCACGUCUCAGAUAUGCAAUGAUUUGAACGAUCACUCGAAAAAUAAAGGCAAAAAAAUGAGGACGGAUCAAAAACUUUUUUGCCUAAAAGUUUUUUUGACGAUAUUUUUGAGCAUUUUAUGGGUAAGCUCUAAGGUCUAAUAGUAAAAUAAUAACGUAAAAAAUUACUAUUAUUUUGACUCAAAUGAAAAUGAUCAAAAUGGGUCCUCGAUCAUUUAAAUUUUAAACAAGGAGCCGGAUCAGUGUCCACAGCAGACACUGAGGGAAAAAGUGGGGGGGAGGGGGAUCAGUGUCCGUCAGAAUAUAGAUUAUAGUUUGAAACAAAAUAUGUGUGAAGUCUAUUCCCUCUGCUCAUAUCAUGUCUUAUUAUAAGUAUAAGUUAUUUGUUGGUGGUAAAAAAUUGAAAAACAAUAACUAAUAACAUAAAUAUUUUAUCAUAAUAAUAAUUAUUAAAUUAAAUAUGAAUAAACUUAAGGAAGAAAAAUGUAUCCAACAUAAACUUAAUUACUUUUAGUAUUCAAAGGGAACUAUGUCUCAUGCACUCAUGAAAUGAUAAAUUGCCUGGUUCCAUAUUUGUCGAUCCUUUACUAAAGUCCGCCUUUACGAUUAAAGACCCUUGGCAGGCUGUAUUCUGGCUCAAGGGUGGUAGUUUGAAGACCCCUGACUUUGACUUACUCUUAUUCUUAAUACUUUGUACGAAGUAUUAAACCAUUAAAGAAAGACGAGGAAUUUGUCGAGUGUUGUUGAAACUUCAGUCUUUGACCGAUGCAGCUGAUGUCUUUAUAUAUUCAAAAGUAUUGCAAAGAGAAAAUAAUUUAUAUGAUUAGGCUUUUAUAAUAAGUAGUAAUUAGCCUACUUCUUACUACUUAAUUAUAAACGUUUUUGAAGAAGCUCCUGGCUGGAUUCUUGUUGUUAAGUGCUUAGUUAAUUGGCCUACUUAAAAUUUUGUUAAAUCAAGUGACACAAGUGUCUUAUUGCCACACUUCUGACGCUGAACCAAGAUUUAUUUCUUAAACUACAUUUUAUGUUACCCUCAUGGCUUUUAUCAUGACAUUGCCAUUCAUUCCCAUCAGAAAGUACUGGUAUUUCACUCAACUUCUUCCCUUUCUUAAACUUGGGACCCUCAUAUUUGUUCGCAAUUAAAUCAGCACCCAAGCACUAAUCAACCUUACUUUUCUUUCCCUGUACAUGCAAACUAAACCAAAAAUCAGACUGUAAAAUUAGCUUCCAUCAGAUUGUAAAAUUAGCUUCCAUCAGACUGUAAAAUUAGCGUCCAUUUUCCCAAAUUCACCUGAAAUAUUACAAAAUCUAGAAGUAAGUCUCACCUCUUUAGGUAAAUAUAGUUCAUAAAUGAAUGCUAUUUUGUUGUUGUUGUGAUUUGAUCAUUUUUCAUGUGUUAUUGCCUCAGUGGAGAACCCCAGGGUACAUCCCUUAUCUCCCCUAAUAUUAUUUCUAUUACUAUGUGUCACCAAUUAGCUUGGUGCAACAUCCUACCACUCUUGCCCAACCUCCCUAGAUUGGGAAAGCUUGUUUAUGAUUUCCAGAAGGGUCUUCAUAAUUAGAGGUAGAAUCUACUUCUUGCUGAUUGAAUUUCUAGACUCUCUAUUAUAGAAAACUGUAAUUCACUAUCAUAUGGUGGACGUACCAGACAUAUGAGAGAUACACAAGACCUACAAGACCAUAUGAGACCAGCAAGUUUUUUUGUGUUUGUGUGGAUUAAUAUUUUUUACCUUUCUACUGUUAUAUGGAUUCACAUGCUUCAAGUUGAUAGAGUUUUUAUUUCUAUUUAUUUGAUUUUGUACUUUAUAUCAGAAGAGUUAGUAUAACUAAUUGUUACUUGCUAUUAGCACUAGUUGGGGUAUUGUUAUUUCUUAUUUUAUUUAAUCAAAUGUAUCGUCCCUUUGUUAUUUACUGUUUGGUAAGGGGCCAUUUUAAAACAACAUUAAACUUGUUAAAAUUACUUGUGGCACAUAACAUAUCUUCAUAUUUCAAGCAUUUAAAGUGUUAUCUAGUUAAAAGGAAAAUGUGUAUAAUUGAUAGCAACAAAUCUUGCUUACCUUAAAUAGCACACUGACAUCAUAAUAUCACUGUGUGAUUUUUAAUGAAAAUGCUUCCACACCAUAUGUCAACACCAAAAAGCACAAUAAAGACAGCAGAAUUCUCCAACCCAAUAUGUAGGUCUUCUCCAAACUAUUCAUUCAUAGUGAUACAAGCCUGUCUCUAUAUCAAUAUCAUAUGUGAAUGACUUAGAAAGGGUAAAAGUAAGAAUUCCAGCAAUUAUUUGCCUCAUCAUCAGGUGAACACGUCAAAUAUUUUAUCCCAAUUAAUAGCCUUAAUUAUUUAUUAAGACUUGAUUAUAGAUUCAGAUUUAAAAAAAAAUAUCAACCACUGAUUCAGAUCAAUCACUGUGUUUUUAAUUGUGGUCUCUAAUGGCUGUGUUUAUAAAUAGUAUAUCUUUGUAGUAAUGCCUAAUAUCAUUUUGUGUUCAUAGUCAGUCACACUGAUAGUAUAUCAUUUGAAUAGUUUUCCUUCAAAGAUUGAUCACAGCACCUUUCUCUUUACACCCUGGCUUAGGUUCUCACACUGUUUUGGGUCAUAUUUUAUAUACAUUUUCUUUUAGGCAUGACACUAGCUAAUUUUAUUAAUAUAACAUUGUAAUAAUUUCAAUAGUAUAUGUACCGUUAUAAGGUUUUAACAAUUUAAUCUGUUUUAGGAUUAGCUCGUUAGAAGAACAAUACAUAACAAAGGACUGAAACCAGAGUACUAAGAAAACAAUACCAAAGCUAGUGAAGUUUACUAUAAUCACUUUAUUUACUCUAACAAUUCUGAUAUCAUAACUACUAAAUCAAAUUUAUAGAUAUGAGAAUAGGAAAAAAUAGAUCAACUUACAGCACUUGGAAAUGCCUAGUAGUUAAAAGGUGGAAAUCAGCAUCCACACACAGUGAAAAUAUUUUUAAAAAUAAAUACGAAAGAUGAAAAAUAUUAUCCACAGUGCUCUGUAUUGUUUGAAUGGUGCAGCAUUCAGUAAUCAACAUACAAAAAUCUCUAUGUAACAAUGUCCAUCAAUAUUGCUAAGGGUUCAAAAUAAAAUGUCUGAUUACUGCACUAAAUGAGGUUCUUAAAAAUACAGCACAUGCAUUUGGUGUGAAAUAUUUUCUUUAAUUUUACGGAAAUAGUUGGUGUAAUAAAUCUGCCAUGUAAAAGGGGGUAGGGCAUUAGAAUAUUAAUAUAUUUCAGCGGUGGUGGCCUACAGGGGAGUGGGGGGAAAGCACUAAUUGAGAAUCUCAUAAAGUGCGUUACUUGAAUGCAUGUUUUAUCAAGUAACUUAAGUGGAUGGGAAGGGAAGUUCAUACAUUGUAUCUUCCAUUGUUUGGUGGGCUAUAGCUAGUAACAUAAUUAAUUAUCAUUUUUUCCACAGGCUGCAGGUUGGAGUAGGUUAUUUUUUAAAAAUGCGUGAGGAAAUGAACAAUUCCUAAAGCCCAAAUUCUUUUUAAGAAGCAUCAAAUGAUUUUUUUCAGUCAUUUUUUUUGUUAAAAAACAAGAGAUACUAAUGGUUUACGUCAGCUCAAGCCUCAGUUAGUGGCUAGGGUUAGGGUUAAACUUGAAAAGAUAAAGAUUCUUUGUUUUUUUCUGACCAUGUUUUAGUCAUUCAUUCUGCAUCAGAAACAAUCUGCUUUAAGUAAAUUAUAUGAACAAGUUUUUAAGAUGACAUUUUGGUUUUAUUUCCUCUAUUCAGACUCUUUCAGCUUUAAUUUUUCAGGUUCCAUACCUAUGUUUGUCUUACUAUAUUUGGUAUGGUAUACCGCUUGAAUUGUUCAGUAUUAUUUAUUACACAAUAUUUUGUGAAGCAACAUCUGUCAAUAUUAGGAAACAGAUUUCCUCAAAUAAUAAAUUGAUUCCUUGAUGAUAUUGAUAAACUAUGUGUUAUUUUAUUAAUAAAAAUGGAGUCAGGCUAUUGUUACACACAUAAAAAGAUCAGUUGUGUAACUAUUAGAGCUGCUUAUAUAUCUUAACACAUUGUAUUUGUGUGUUUUUACAUUUGUUACUGAUGUUUAUCAUACAGCAUUCAUUUAAAUAAAUCAUCUCUUGUUGAAGGAAUUGCCUCUUAAUGGUGACAUGAUGGAGUUUACUUUGGUCAGACAUUGACCAAGAACAUGGUUACAUUGUAUUUGUAUAGUUUAAAUUAUGUCAACAUCCUCUAAGAUCAAACCAAGAAAACGGUAGUGAAACAGGGCUGGCCACUGGCCAACUCCUGUUGGAAGAUGUUUUAGUCAGUCACGUUUGUAUUGACUUGGUCCAGGCCUCGGUGAACGAUGACCUUUGGCUUCUUUAGUUUUUAACCAUGAUUAUUGUCAAUAAAUGAAUCGAUAGCCAACAUGCGAUAUAAAAAUUAUGGAUUGUGGUGAACUCCAAACUAUUAAUGUUUUUAAUAUUCUGUUUUAAACAUUUCAGUGAAUGAUACUUAUAGCAGAUAAAUUAAGGUUAUUUUAAAAUUAACUUUUAUAAAUUUAUGAAUGUGUGGAUGAGCUGCUCAUACAUGUUUCACCCCCUAGAUAUUAAAUUUAAAAUCCUAUGUUUUCUGCUUAUCUAAGGCUUAGUGAUAUUUGGUGUAUGGUGUAUGUUCCCAAACCCCAGUCUGCUGGGCACCUGUAACCCGGUGGCCCGUCAGCUCACAGGAAGGGGCCCACACGGCCUCUGUAUUUACUAAAGUGUAUUUAAAUAAUUUCGAAAUUGUAUCGAUGCAGUGGCCCGCUUAGUUACCGGAAAAGGAGAUAAGGACCUCAACUUGAAAUGCUGGGAACCACUGGUUUAAGUGACCUAAUUAAAUCAUGAAAGACUUAGAGAUAUUUCUCUUAAUAUGUUGUUUAUGUUGAUUAACAUACAUAGUGAAAAAUGACAGUCCAUUUCUCUUAGUAUGUUGGUCAUAUGUUUUUAGACAGAAUAAUUUCUUAACUUUUAGGAGAGUUGUAGUGUAGCUAAAAUCUGUUGGACCAUAGGCUGUCAUGUUAGUACUAAUGUCUAGAUGACAUCUCUAGAGGCUGUCAUGUUAGUACUUAUGUGUAGAUGACAUCUCUAGAGGUUGUCAUGUUAGUACUAAUGUGUUGAUGACAUCUCUAGAGGCUGUCAUGUUAGUACUUAUGUGUUGAUGACAUCUCUAGAGGCUGUCAUGUUAGUACUAAUGUGUUGAUGACAUCUCUAGAGGCUGUCAUGUUAGUACUAAUGCCUAGAUGUCAUCUCAGUAUUCUGUCAUCAUAAUAAUAAUCGACUUUUGACUUGACCCUAGAUUAGUGUUCUUAUUCAUCAGGUUUUAUCCAAUACAAGUAGAGUAGUGACAAGGUUAGCAAGGAAAACAUUGAUAUUAGAAGCUGUGAUCCAGAUCAAACUAUACAUCUCUUCUACAGCACCCUUCUGUUGUCUAACGCCACUCCUUUGUAGUGUUCAAAUUCCAAAGUAUUCAGUUCCAGACAAGUCCACGGUUCUCUGACUGUCCACUUUCUGGCAUCUUUCAAGACAUGAGUCCGGUCUUUAUAAAAAAAAAAAGUUUUAUUUAUUCACCAGCUUUAUGAGCCUAAGGAUCCAUAUGAAUUUUUGGUUUCCUUAACUCAACAGUGCUGCUACAACCCCAUGACUGUUGACACUAUUGUUUUUAAAAUUUCCAUAACUUGACACCCCCCCCCCUUCCCCCCAGUUCCACUUGUUCUGUCAGACAUUUUACCCCAGCCUUAAAAAAAAAAGUUUUAUUUAUUCACCAGCUUUAUGAGCCUAAGGAUCCAUAUGAAUUUUUUGUUUCCUUAACUCAACAGUGCUGCUACAACCCCAUGACUGUUGACACUAUUGUUUUUAAAAUUUCCAUAACUUGACACCCCCCCCCCCUUCCCCCCAGUUCAACUUGUUCUGUCAGACAUUUUACCCCAGCCUUUGCUUUGUUCACUGAGGAGACAAUUUAAAAAAAAAACACCAAGCAAUCUUCCCUUCUUUUUUCUACUCUCACCCCCCAAACUUUCUAUUUAUAACAAAUUUAAACUUGAGCAGAAAAAAAAUAAAUCUAGGUUAAGGUGCCCUGCCUUGGGAAGCUGACUCAACAGCCCCCCCUCUCCCCUAUCUGAGGAGGGGCAGAGAGGGGUGGGAGUGAGGAAGGGGCUUCAAGAACAUGGCAGGACCCUGAGAAUGACAGCACUUCCCUCAAACAAAAAAUAUUUUUUUUAUUCUUUAGAAUAAAUUGACUCUGGUCCCUGGCCUCCAUGACAUAGACUGAAAAUAAACAAAUAAAAUAAAGACAAUCUUGAUGAGUGGUUGUUUGUGUUACACAAGGAAAAGUAGAUUAACUGGAUGAAACUGAAAUGUAGGUGGAUGAAGCUGAACUGUCGGUGGAUGAAACUGAAAUGUAGAUGGAUGAAACUGAAAUGUAGAUUGGAUGAAACUGAACUGUCUGUGGAUGAAACUGAAAUGUACAUGGAUGAAACUGAAAUGUAGAUGGAUGAAACUGAAAUGUAGAUGGAUGAAACUGAACUGUAGAUGGAUGAAACUGAACUGUAGGUGGAUGAAACUGAACUGUAGGUGGAUGAAACUGAACUGUUGGUGGAUGAAACUGAACUGUAGGUGGAUGAAACUGAACUGUAGGUGGAUGAAACUGAAUUGUAGGUGGAUGAAACUGAACUGUCGGUGGAUGAAACUGAACUGUAGGUGGAUGAAACUAAAUUGUACAUGGAUGAAACUGAACUGAAGGUGGAUGAAACUGAACUGUAGGUGGAGGAAACUGAACUGAAGUGGGUGAUGGAUGAAACUGAAAUGUAGAUGGAUGAAACUGAACUGUAGAUGGAUGAAACUGAACUGUAGGUGGAUGAAACUGAACUGUAGGUGGAUGAAACUGAACUGUAGGUGGAUGAAACUGAACUGUAGGUGGAUGAAACUGAACUGUAGGUGGAUGAAACUGAAUUUUAGGUGGAUGAAACUGAACUGUCGGUGGAUGAAACUGAACUGUAGGUGGAUGAAACUAAAUUGUACAUGGAUGAAACUGAACUGAACGUGGAUGAAACUGAACUGUAGGUGGAUGAAACUGAACUGUAGGUGGAUGAAACUGAACUGUAGGUGGAUGAAAGUGAACUGAACUGGAUGAAGCUGAACUGUAGAUGGAUGAAACUGAACUGUACAUGGAUGAAACUGAAAUGUAGAUGGAUGAAACUGAAAUGUAGAUGGAUGAAACUGAAAUGUAGAUGGAUGAAACUGAACUGUAGAUGGAUGGAACUAAAUUGUACAUGGAUGAAACUGAACUGUAGGUGGAUGAAACUGAACUGUAGGUGGAUGAAAGUGAACUGAACUGGAUGAAGCUGAACUGUAGAUGGAUGAAACUGAAUUGUACAUGGAUGAAACUGAACUGUAGGUGGAUGAAACUGAAUUGUACAUGGAUGAAACUGAACUGUAGGUGGAUGAAACUGAACUGUAGGUGGAUGAAACUGAAAUGUAGCACAGAAAGGAACUGUGGGUUAAGGACAUGUUGAACAUAGAACUGAUUGUUUGAAGGGAUUAUCUUGUUUGAUAACCAGGGGAGGUCUCAUUUGAGAUACCAUUCUCAGUAGGGAGUUGUCAAACUAUAUAACUUGAUAUUUUAUUGAUGCUUAAAAAAAAUCAGAAUGUUAAAAUGUUCUUACAUAUUUUAAUACAUUGUUUACUCAAUCAUUAAGCACUCUAUAUUAAGGUCUAAUAAUAAAUAUUUGGUCAAAUCAUUUUGCCAUUAUUAUUCCAAAAUCUAUGUUGUUUUUCUCACAGCUAAUUGGUGCAGCUAUUUUUGGUGUACUUCUGUGGUUGCGUCUGGAUUUUUGGACCAAUGAAUACUUGGAGCUGGACUCCAGUUUUAGCCGUUACCUCAACCUCAUUUAUAUAGCACUGGCAGCAGGAGCGGUCAUUGUUGCAUUUUCCAUCAGUGGUCUCAUUGGGGGCUGCAUUAAAAAGAAAUGGCUGCUUGUCUUGGUGAGUAUAUAGAUAUACCACAUGGCACUUACCCAUAAAAAUAAUAGCUAGUGAUUUGACAGAAUAAAUUAUUUGAGUGGCUUUUAUGAUGUUUACUGUUAGGAAGGUAAUAAAACCCUCCACUAGACCACUCGGGUAAACUCUUUAUUACCAUUGUUAGCAUUAAUCCUCCCAGUCUGUAUGCAGAAUACACUGCCAAGAGAAAUUGUUUGACAAGCUACUUCUACCAAGGAAUUUGAAUGCCCUCUUCAUGCUAUUGGUUCUCAAAUGAAUACAAGCGACAUGCAGGGCACAGACUAUGACUUUGUUUGAUAAGUUCAUUGCUGUGCUUCAGCUGCUUCACAACAGUUGGAAAGAACAAAAAUGAUGGUGAACUCUCAGAUGAUUUCCUUGUGGUCAAGCAGGCGGUGUAUACCUACUGGCAUGCUGUUUGAAAAUUUACAGAGUCUGGCUAAAAAAUGCAAUGUGGGACCCAUUGGAAUGGAUACAAAUAUAUUAAGGGUUGAAUCUCUAAAGUCUGCCAACCCAAACCAAUAUUGAUUUGGUGUUGAUCAGGGAACUCCUCUUUGCAGAUGACUUUGUUGUUGUGCCAGACACGCACAAAGUGCUUCAGAUUUUGAUGAACCUCUUUUUCCCAGGCAUCAAACCAUCAAUUAAAAAGGAUUUCCAGGAGCAAAAAUCUCUGCAAGGUACUAGCACAGCCCCUACAUCAACAACAAAGGUCACCCAUACGGUUUAUCAGUUAACAUACUAGGGCACAAUACUGGAGCUCCUAUGGAAUGUCACAAAGUCCGGCUCAAGCAUUAGCUGGUAUAUAAAAUUGCUUGCAGCUGACUCGUACACUUGAGAUUUUAACAUCUGUCCUGCUGACUUUCAAGACUCAUUGGCCAGAAGCAGAGGAGGUCAAAGGCAGUCCACAAAACAUGACUUCUAAACACACACCAGUGGAAGAUGGCUUUGGCUCUCCCAAGAGUGCUCAAAUCCUGAAUCAGACUUCAUAACCAUCUAGGGCAUGCAAUGGCCAUCUAAUGGUCUUUGGAAACAAAGUCAAAGCCAUUAUUCCAUGCACCACGCUGCCCCUAGUGUAAAAAUACUGAUUAUAUAGAAAGAAAAUUAUCCAGAAGUUAAGCAUUGUCCUGAAUGUAACAGAACUUAUUAUUUUAUGUACACGUAUCUAUUAAGUAGCUGGUGAAGAAGGUUUUAACAUUUCCAGAUUAAGAUUUCCAGUUCUGAGUCACUGUUGAAUUAACACUGGCCUGAAGCACGUUGUCGCCACACAUUAUCACAACUUAAACUAACUCUGUUUACUGUGCCACUGGCAAAUUCAUGUUAAUGACCUAUUGAAAAUGACCAAAACAUCUUCCCAUCUUUUGCUUCUUACUUUCAGUAUCUGACAGCUCUGGCGGCAGCGAUGUGCUUAACUAUAGGUGCCGUGGUAUACGGGGCGGUCUACAGAGAUGAGGUAUUGUUUAUUUCUUUUAUAGUGGUUUUUUAACUGAUUAACUACCACAUUGAAAAACCCGCUGUGGCCGAAUUAAAUCUAGGUCACAUUUUCUCAUUUUAGGUGUAUGUACAAAUUCAGCUGCAGUUUUCUUAAUUACUAGCAUGAACCUGGCAUGCGUUGCCAAACCCACUUAUGAUGUCACAUACAAACUGAAAUUUGUGUUAGUUUAAAUUUCAUCCACCCACCCAUGCAAUAGCUCUGUUUGAAAUUAUAUUUAUGUAGCUCAUAUAAGAAAAAAGGUUGUUUUGAUUGUCCAUUUUAUUUUUGUUUACAAACAUAUUUCAUGUGGUGAUUGAUCUAAUAAAGGUGGAAAAUAUUACUCUGAUGAUGAUUCAGACAGUGAUUUUAUGAUUUCAAAUGCAGAGGCUGAUUCUGUUGAAUCAUAUGAUUAUAAUCCUAGUACUAGGAUUAGUAGUACUAGUGACAAAAUAAUGAAAUUGGUAAUUCAUCAGCUGAUGAACAACCAGCCCCGCCCCCCAGCUAAAGGGCACAUCCACAUGGAUUGUUUUUUAGGCUUACUAUAGCUAAACCCAGGUGGAAAUAUGUGACUAAUUUAUGGUAAAUUUUCCAUUUACUAUUAUAAAUGUUAGUACAUACAAGAAUAAAGUGCAAUUAUUUUUUAAAUAGCAACAGAUUGUUUCCAGUGGAAUUAGUUAAAUUUUUUUGCUAAUUUUUUGUGUGGCGGUGACAAUCGAUAAUGUGCUCUGAGGUUGAAUUUUUUCUUUUUUUGAAAGUUGAUCUUUAUUAUUUGUGAUGCACAUAUGGAUAUAGUUCAGAAAAAAUACAUUUUUUUAUACUUUGGAUUAUAUAUUUCUCUUCUUGUGACUUCGAAUGAGCGUUUUGUGAACAUUUGGUGAGUUUUUUAAAUAAAUUUUUGUUUUCCUUAAAUCACAAUCACAUUUAUUUAUUAAAAUUUAAACCAAAAUCUUGUUUGCUUGCAAAGAGCAUGCAUUUCCCUUUAAUUCCAUACCAAAAUUAACAUUUUCUGAUUAAAAACAGAAAAGUUAUGAAGGCUUAGAGAAAACAUAGUAGUGCGUAACAAAAACCCAAAAUAGAUAAUUCCGUCAGAACGUGGAAAAUAAUUCCGGUGGUAAAGGGUUAAAUAUCCAUGUAAAAAUGUGCACACCUAUUUUCUACUUCCGAUAUAUAUGUACCAAGAAGGUUAAUUAUUUAUCAAAUUCAUUCUGAGGCCAAUUUUCUGCUCAUGUUUAGAACAAAUUAAUCUUAAUUUAUUUCGCAGUAUUAACAACGCACUAAGAACAUCUGGUCUUUGGCUUUUCCCGAUAAAUGUGUUUACGGUGUACAUCUUUGAUCAUAAUUUUUAAAUUUUUUCAUAACUUUAAAACACAUAUAAAAUGCUUAAAAUAGUUCCUUAGUUGAUACUUAAAAUGUAAUUGUAAUUUAUAAUAAUAAUACCGGUACUUCAACUUUUACUAAAAUAAAAGCGGAUAUAUAAUAAUAUAAUAUUUUUUUGCGCAUUUAAAUUUAUUUGAUUUCCGUAAAAUAAUAGAAAAUAACUAUGAUUGUUUUUAAGGAUACGAAAUCCAAACGUAUCUAAAUAUUUUCAGUUUUUUAUCGUUAUGUCAUCAUAGUUCAUUCUUAUAUAUAUAAACAUAUUCUAAUGAUUAACAAACUAUUUUGUAGGUAAUUGAAUUGUCUAUAAGAUAAACUUAAAACAUUUGUAAAGUUAACUUUUGUUAGGAAAUUAUUAAUUGUUAAAUUAGUAUUUACAACAGAAAAAUAAUAAACAAAUAUGUAAAUGUGCCAACUUACGUAAAAAAAUUUAAAUUUCCAAAUUAUUUAAAGUCUUUUAUUUGGUUGUUUCCAAAUAGUAUAUCCAAUAAUAAGAAAAAUGCACCAAAGAACACAGAAAUCGAAUAAUAUUUACACUUCCAAUCACUUAUACACCUUUAUUAACACUGUCACUUAUUGCCAUAGUAAAGAAGUAGUACAAUUUUGUAACUAGCUUAGAAAAUAAAUAAAAAAUAAUUAACAGCUGGUUUUUUAAAAUGUUCUACCGAUGCGGUUCGAAUAUAAACAUCCUGUGGGUAAAUUAAAAUCUGGAAGCAAAACGGUAAUUGAAUUAGACAAAUAUUUGAAUGGAUUUACAACGAUUAGAAACAUUGCCGCUACCAGCGGCUCGUUGCCAUAAUGAAAGAAACGUCAAGCCGCUACCAGUGGCGCAUGGUAGUUAACCAGUUAACAAGCUCAAGUGUGUUGUAAGUGCUUUCUUGACUAUGGAAUAUUAUAUUUUUUCAAUCAAGCUUUUCUAGAAUAUUAAAAAUUUUGUGCAAUGAAUUUAUAGAAUAAGGGAUCUAUCAUUGUAAACAAGUAACCUCAGCAGUUCCUGGUCAGUAAGAUGUACUUUAAACAUUAACCCACUCCUGAUUCUGUUUCUGCCAAGUUUUCUUCUAUUCAUUCUAGAACCUUUGCUAGAAAAAAACCCUGCUCGUAACACAAUCAGAUUUAUGGUCUCCGAUUAUUGCAUUGUAUCGGGGUUCCACUGUGCUUUUUUUUUUUUUUUUUUUUUUUUUUUUUUUUUUUUUUUUUUUUUAAAAAAAAAAAAAAAAAAAAAAAAAAAAAAAAAAAAAAAAAUUUUUUUUUUUUUUUUUUUUUUUUUUUUUUUUUUUUUUUUUGAAGAUUGUCUUAAAUAAUUUAUUUGGUUUCCCCAGUUGGAGAGAACCCUAGUUAAAGGUGAACUCCUAAAGAAUCUGAUAAGAACCAGAUAUAACAAUGACUAUUCAAAGCGAAUAAACAGAGCUGUGGAUAUCAUGCAGUCAGAGGUCAGAAUUAAGUAUUUAUUAUGGUAACAGAAAACUUCAACAUGUUUAAGUAAAAUGUGUUUGUGAUUGUAAGUGGUAUUCUUUUUGUUUGAGGCUCCUUGCGACUCUUGCUGUUCUUCUAACCUUAUCAAUGUUUGAUUUUUUUUACUUUUGAAACAUAAGUUGUAGUGGUAUAUUUUAUUUGUCAGCAUACAAUAAUACUCCCUUGAGUUUUCGUUUGAUAUAUAAAUAACAUUUUCCAAGUACCGUAAAGUGUUUUGUAAAGCUGUGUCUGAAUAAGGCAUUUUAUCAAUUUAUUUAAUUUUUUUUUGUCUCAGGAAUUAAUGUCCAGAAAAUGUGUUCAAUCUAAAUAUCCUUACUACAAUUGUUUCAAUCAUAAAUAGGUAAAGCAUUGCAGUGUGUGCUAUUCCUAUAGCUGAGAAUGAAGCCCUAGGCUAAAGUAUCAUGUUCUGUCAACAUUGGAACUAAUCUUUUGAUAAAAAAUUGUAUAUUCAUCAGUUGGAAUGCUGCGGGGCCAAUCAUCCUUUGGAUUAUCAUCAGUCCACGUGGCAGUCUCUAAUUAAAAAUCCGUUGUCCGAACCCAACUUCUAUGUGCCACCUUCUUGUUGUAAGAACUACCUGAGGUACGAAGAGGCUGCCCAGAACUGCCAGAUGUACUUGCCGCAGACAGACAAGCAGGUGUCUCCUGACAUUUGGACUACAGUGAGUUACCCUCUCAUGGUUUACCAUCUCUCUUUGUCGGGCAGGGGGCUGCUGGGAGUACAUUACGAUACACAGGCUGUCCUUUUUUUGGUUUAUUUUGUAGGAAUUUUUUUUUUCUUUAUAAAUUGAGGUCAGAAGGUUCUGAUUGCUCUAUGCAAACAGUAGUGUAAGGUGGCCAGCCAACCUGAUUCACUAACACCACUUGUCCAUGGAUCCUUCUUUACUUUCCCUAAUGCUUUCAUACUUUCUGUAGACUUUUUCUUUGGCAAUUUGAGAACCUACAUCAACUACUCUGAUCUCUAAAUCUCUAAACCCCCCCUCCCCCCCCCCCUCUCUCUCUCUCUCUCUGUCCCUAAAGUAGUUUCAGAUGUAACAAAACAUUUUACACUAGUCUUCAACAAACACCUGUCAAUUUUCUUUACUUUCCUUUAUGCUUUCAGACUUUCUGUUGACUUUUUCUUUGGCAAUUUGAGAACCUACAUCAUCUACUCUGGUCUCUAAAUCUCUAACCCCCCCCUCCCCCCCCCCCUCUCUCUCUCUCUCUCUGUCCCUAAAGUAGUUUCAGAUGUAACAAAACAUUUUACACUAGUCUUCAACAAACACCUGUCAAUGCAAUUUAAAACUGUCAACAGUUUAAUGAACGGAUAAUGCAAACUGUUAAAAGCCAUGUACUGAUAAAUUGCUGAAUAGUCUGUACAGAGAGCUUUUAGCAAUUUAUCAGUACGGGGUAAAAAUGUUUUCUCUGAUUUUGGGGACUUGUUUCAAAUUCAAAAUUUGGAGGUGUUAAAUCUCCUUAAUUCAAAAUAAUGUAAAAAGUCUUUAUUGAAAAAAGGAAGUAUACUACCCUUUGCUUUUAAAAUUUAUCUCACAGAAUUUCCUCUCAUUUGUAUGUAAUCUGCGAAUAAAACUUUUGUUUAAAUUAAUCGUCACUGGCAGUUGAUGAUAAACAUUUCAGAAAAAUAUUGCCAGGUACCUUGUUACGAGAACUGAUAAUAUUUUUUCAUUUUCAGGGUUGCCAGAUAGGUCUCCAAGAAUUUCUUGACAAAUACGUGGUCGUGGUGAUCAGCAUAACAGCGGUUUACUUUGUUUUACAGGUCGGUUAUGUAACUUAUUUAAAAAUAGUUCACUGGGUGCACAAGUGAAUGUGGUAAAAGAACUUGAUUGCUCCUGGAUUGAGAUAUAUAUGUGAACAUAUAGGUGGUCAAAAAACUUCGUUGCUCCUGGAUUGAGAUAUAUGUGAACAUACAGGUGGUCAAGGAUUACAUUGUUCUUGUACCUAUGAUUGGUAAAUAGUGGAACUAGGUAUGUGGCAGCUGGAAAUAGAAAGACAGGACAGUAAAAGAAGAACGAUUUUGGCAUAGAGCCUUCCUCAACAGACAGGACAAAUAGAAAGUAUUAAAAAAACUUUUAAGUUCUUCAUAUUCAUGUUAUUGUCGGAACAUGACCAUGGCAAACCCGCAAGUUUUUUAAAAUACUCUCUAUUUCUUGUUAUUUCUUCAUUUGUCCUGUCUUUCUAUUUCAAGCUUCCACAUACCUUGUUCUUCUAUUUCCUUCACGCAUCUUGAACGCAGUCCUUCAAUUAUCAAUAUUUACUUAUGAUAGGUAACCAAAUUAAAAUAGGCCAAUUUAAUUUUCUUUGUUGUUUUAAUUCACAGGUGAUCUGCAUGGUAAUAGCAUCCUAUCUAGUCCAUAUGCUCAACUCUCUGUAUGUUCCACAACCUGAUGACAUAGUCUACGACAUGGCACAUAUGCAAGAGAAAUCACCCUACCCAUCAAGGGGAGAUUACAGAGACUACUAUAACUAAGGGAGCAAACCUGUCUGUACCGCAACCAUUUCCAUUGUGACUUACAAGCAUAUUUGGAGAAGACUGAAACAGCGAUCGAGUUGAUAGUUGAUAAUGUGGUGUAUGUUGAAUUCUGACGGAGGUUACAGUUAAAUCAUACAAAUAAUUUGUUCUUCAUGUUUGAUGUACAAGCUGAAUUAGAAUUGAGAUCAGUGCAGCAUUUUCUUUUAAAAUAUUUUUAAAAACAUGAGGAAGUUGGUAAUGAAGAUAUGGCUUGUUGAGUAAGCAGGAAAAAAUACUUGAGAAGAUCAGGAGUGUGAAAUAUCUCUUCUCCUAAUGAUACAGAAGGUUACUGUUUGAUGUCCAUCAAGUUUUAACUAGGAAUUUGUGCGUGUUUGAGGCACAUAGUAUUCAUGGACUGCUUGAUGAAGUCUAGGCAGCUCCUUUACUUACAGAUCUCUUUGUCUUCUUAUCAUACUUUGUUCAUCCACCAUCAGCACCAGAACUAUCUUUUUUUUUAAAAUUUGUUUGUUCUUUUUGUUAAGAUUUAGAUCUGAUAAUACUCAACAAAACAACUAAUUCAUGAAUGAAAAUUGAUCUUUGAAUACAACCAGUUACACCUGUUUCGUGAAUGGGCUCAAGGCUGGACGACCAGAUGAGUUCACAUGAUGUUCUUUGAACUCAGGUUUACUUCGCAAAGAUAAGCGUCUGUCAAACAUCCCAGGGUGCUCCUGUGUCUUCAAACAUACACUCCAUGACAAGCUCUUCUUUCAAACAAAGGAACAGCUCCAAGACUCAAUAUGAACUAAAAAAGAAAAAAGGUUAUCCAAAACUAAUCCAAAUUAUUUUGUUAGUUCAAGUUUCUGGAUAUUUAAAAAAACAAAAAAACUUAAAACCUGGAAUAUUAUUUGUAAAACACAUUUAGAUUUAAGCUGUGUCGAAUUCUUCUUGGGGAACAGUAAUUGUUAAAACUAGCGGCUCCUUACCAGCUGUAAAGUCACCAAUCAACAUGUCAUCUGCAGUACCUGAGUCACCAGUCAACAUUUCAAGUGCAGUACCUGACUGAGCAGAAUGGAAACAAUCCAAACGUUCAAUUCUACAUAUUGUAAACUUUAUUUUUUUGUGCAUGUAUAAAUAUUGGUCUGACUUAACAAACAAAAAUGUGUAAGCUUUAAAUGUUUUUAUAAAAGUUUUUUUAGUGCAAUAUUUCACAUGAACUUGCUGUACUCUUUGGAACAUGUUGUAAGACACAUUUCAUGUAAGGAGGUGGGGAGGAAAGGGAAGAUAUAUUAUCAUAAUGAAUGCUCAAAAAAUUAACAUGUAAUGCUCUUUUUUUUCUUCUUUUUUUCUCAACUGAGCUUUGUUGUUGAAGAAUGAUCUGAUCAUCUGAAAUGAAACAAGUUAAGAUAUUCUCACAUAAUACACUCAUCAAGCCACUGAGAAUUUAAUAAUUUAAUUCAUUAUUUAAUAUAGCCGUCUCAUCGGCAAACAAGACUUCAACAUAUUUUUUAUAAUUGCCGCAGUCUAAAAUUAGUUGUUUCAUGUGUAUUUAAUACUUCAAAGUUAAAACCGAACUGUUAUUAUUACAAUGCCCCCCACUUCCCUCUCUGAAAAAAACCAACAUUUUUUUUUCACCUUCAAUCUUUUAAACAAUACUAACUGACUUAUUUGGCUCCUUGGAAGAUGGUGAUCACUCAUUUAUAUCAAUUUAAUUUGUUCAACAGUCAGAUCAUAAUUGACAAUAAAACUCAUCUAUUUUAUGGGUGAAUCAACCACCAAGAAAGAAAUAUCUUUUUUAUUCAGCAUUCUUUAUAAUUCCCUUUCCAGAAUUGUACUUUUUUGUGUAAAAAUCUUUAAUUAUUCAAAAAACAGUUCAAUUUUUUACUAUUUCCUGAGACAAUUUAUAAAAAGGCCAGUCUCAUUGUUUAAAAUCUUGUAAGUAAUUAAAUUUAUGUUGUGUGAGGCUGUUAAUGAUUCUUUAAGAAUUCAUUAUGACCUGACAACCAAAUGAUGUGGCUUUUUUAAAAUAGAGUACCAUUUUAAUUUUUUUUAAAUUAAAAAAAAAUUUAUUUGUAGAUUCAUGUACAUUCAAUGUUCAUCGAUUUAAAGAGAAUGAUGUACAGGAUAUUACCAUUGCUAACAUUAAAGUAGCUGAAUUUGUACUAACAGUCUUAUUUUUCAUUUCAUGUACAUUGCAUUUUGAAAUCAUCCGUGAAAGGUAAAUGUCAUUUUUAUACUCUAAAAUUCAAAUGAUGUGUUUUUUUUUUAAGGCGGUGGAUAUUUUUGUCAUUGCCAUUAACAAUGCCACCAGUCAGUGUAAAUUGUCACUAUGGUUCUAACGACUUUUCUGCUUUGUCUUCAUAUUCCUUUUUAUUUGAAUACGCUCUUCAUUAUUGUCAACUGCAACCACAUAAUCAUUUUUUAAAACAGAAAAAUUAAAGGUGUCAUAGAGUAAAUUAACACUUGCUCAAACUAUUUCUAGGUAUUGUUAUAGUUCAUUCAUGACAAUGCUGUGGUGGCAGAGUGUCUCUUUGUUGUCUAAUGAGCAGUGUUGUUUUUUUAUACUGGUCAAUCUUUGAAGAAAUUUGACACGCAUUGCUUUUUUGUUUUUUCUAAAUUUAAAAAAAAGGUCGGUGUAGGUUUCACCUUGUUGUGCUUUUAUUUGUUUGUUGUUUUAAUGAAUAUUCUGUUGUUUUUUUUUUUUUUGUGUGUGUAGUUGUUUGAAUAUUUCAAAACAUACUCUAUAGUUGUAUAAUAUCUACAUUUUUUUUAAUUAAUUUAAUUUUUAAAAAUUUAUAUUUGACAAGGCCAAGGUUUUGGCAGUUUUAACAAUUUAAAAAAAAAAAUUUUUUUUAAGGUCGGUGUAGGUUUCACCUUGUUGUGCUUUUAUUUGUUUGUUGUUUUAAUGAAUAUUCUGUUGUUUUUUUUUUUGUGUGUGUAGUUGUUUGAAUAUUUCAAAACAUACUCUAUAGUUGUAUAAUAUCUACAUAUUUUGUAAUUAAUUUAAUUUUUAAAAAUAUAUAUUUGACAAGGCCAAGGUUUUGGCAGUUUGAACCAUUUAAAAAAAAAAAUUUUUUUAAUGUCAACCUAUCAAGAGCUGUUCUUCUGGGCUUUUAUUUUUUCGAUCACACUAUUAUCACUACAUCCUUCCUUACAUUGUUGGUUAGGAAGUCUUUAACUUGGAGUUCACAGUCUGUGGGCGUUUCUGGGGUUGGAUUGCUAUCAAAAUAUCAGCCGUAUAGUUUCUAUGAUUUUAAGGGUAAUUUAAAAAAAUGAGUUGUUUGUGUGUGCAUCAACAGUUGACGGUCUGCAGCUAAAUCAGCGCUCAGUAAACUCAACUAAAUGUUAAACAAGUUAGAAAAAAAGAAGUGGGAGAGUCAAUAUCCUAUUUUUAAAAGUGUAUUUUAAUCAGAAAUGACUUUGAACAUAUUUUUCUAAUGGGUUUUAAAAAAAAAACGAAAUACAAU